UUCCCAGUGUGUUCACUGGUCGGAGGCUCCACACGGGACAGCUGAGCUACUUGCAAUGAUAUCCAAGCCCGUUGCCUGGGCUGUUCGUGGCAGUGCGAGGUGCUGGCGACUCCGUGCUGUCUUUAAAGCAGCUCUCGAGGCCACGGGCGUCAACGGUCGACGCUGGUACUCCACCCCGGUCCGUGACGGUGUCUCUGGUAUGGAGGAGAUACUGGCGAGGGUCGUCGUACCUUUAGCUUCAUACGAAACAAGAGACAAAUGCCCCCCUCCUCCCGAAUCCAACAGCUUGGAGUUCAUGCACUUUUACAGAAGUCUCGACAAGGAAGAUAAAGUCGAUUUCCUCACAAAACUGUCCCAAGAUUACGGAGUGGAUCACAAAAGUAUUUCGGAGCUCGCUGUGAAGCUUUUGGACAUCCAGUUACGGGACUUAGCGACCAUUUUGCAAGUAGAAGACCGGCUCCGGUACGGUUUGACCCCCCGGUAUAAACAGUUUUUAAGUCAUAUAAGCAAAGCAGAAGGCGGGGUAAAGUUUCUGGUGGAUCUUCGAGCUGAUGUGCUUGACAUAAUUGCAGCCAAAGCUAGCGAGAGCCCACAUAUCAGGGACCUAAAUGGUACUUUGAAGAGCUUGCUGUCUGAGUGGUUCUCUGUUGGUCUGCUUCGACUGGAGAGAAUCACCUGGCAGUCCCCCUGCGAGAUCCUGCAAAAGAUCAGCCAGUAUGAGGCGGUGCAUCCUAUAAGGAACUGGAGCGACCUGAAGCGCCGGGUGGGACCAUACCGACGCUGCUUUGCCUUCACCCAUGCUGCCAUGCCAGGAGAACCUUUGGUUGUGCUACAUGUGGCUCUAACUGAGGACAUCUCUGAUAACAUACAGAGUAUCGUCCGUGAGUUUGCAACCCUUGACUCAGAAGAGGACGUGAAUAAAAUAAAUUCAGCCAUCUUCUACUCAAUCUCCUCAACCCAGGCUGGCCUACAAGGAGUGGAGCUGGGCAACUACCUCAUCAAGAGGGUGGUGCGAGAACUGCAGAGUGAGUUUCCCCACAUGGCCCAGUUCUCCAGUCUGUCCCCCAUCCCAGGCUUCUCCACCUGGCUUCAAGGCCUGCUGAGCCAGUACCGAAAGGAAGGCCGAGGCUUGGACCUCCUUUCUGAGCAGGAGUGGAAGGAGGUGGAACAUGCCACCGAUUCAACCCCGGGGACCACAGCCGUCGAUUCCCUCCGCAAACUUAUCAGCACCAGCGAAUGGAUGCGUUCGGAGAGGCUGUCCAAUGUCCUGGAGCCCAUCCUGAUGCGUCUCUGUGCAUGGUACCUCUACGGGGAGAAGCGGAGAGGUUACGCUCUCAACCCAGUGGCUAACUUCCACCUCCAGAACGGCGCCACCAUGUGGCGGAUCAACUGGCGUGCCGACACCAGCCCCAGGGGUGUGGCGAACUCCUGCGGCAUCAUGGUGAACUACCGAUACUUUCUGAACGAGACGUCAGAAAACGGCGCUGCUUACCUGCAGAAUAAAGUCAUCACAGCAUCGGAGCAGGUGCUGGGGUUUGUGUCCCAGUUUCAGAAAAACAGCAAACUGUGAGAAAAACAUGAAGAUACACAUUUAAUACACUUACUGUUUGGUUUUGCAAGUUUGAUUGCACUUGGUGUAUAUAACACAUUGACUGACAUAUUAUUUCACGAAGACUGUUGUUGAUAUUUGUCAUGUUUGGUCAUAUAUAUCCAAAAGCAGCAGCUUCACCACGAAGGGAUUUUCUCAAUAUUUUUUUCAUUUUAAUUUGGAACAUUUCUCACUUAAUAUAACUCACCCCAUCUGCUGUUUGCUUCUUUAGCUGUACAGCCAAAGCUUUUUGAUUUGCAGGUCAGGCUGCAGCUAAUGAAGCACAAGGCGUGUAUCAAUGCCACGGAUGUUCAUGGAUAAUGCUGUAAGCAGCCAGGGUGCUCGCCUACUGGAAUAAAUGAUGUUUUUAUUCUUACAUUUAGCUGCACUGUCUUACUGCAAACAUGUCAAAGAAUAAAAGAGAUUGACUCUUUUUCUGGAUUGAUUAGAGUCUGGAAAUAUAAUUUAAUUUUAAAUAACUAAACAUAAUUUCUUUGUGUGUGUCCCAUGUCUGUCAUAUUAUUCCGUAGACUGUGUUAACUCUAACCCAGUUAGACCAUUUUAGUUUUUUAAUUUUGGGAGGAUUUUUGCCGUCACAGACACAAUUAAAAAUUCUGUCCCGAGAUCCAUCACUGUGGUCCGGACUGCUCUGUACAGGUUCCAGGCAGGGCUCGUAGAAGCCCACAUGCCAUUGUUGUGAAAUAAUAUAUCACAGCAAGUUGACUGUGAAAUUACAUUUUGUCUCUCCAAGGAGCCAAACUUUCUUUUCAUUUUUUCCACACCCUGUAUCCCCCCCACCCUUUUUUUUUACUCAUUGCGCCACUCCGUGUCCUAGAAGCUAAUGGAGUGAGAAAUAAAGUUAAAGUAAAUGGUGAGAUUGAUGGUGUUGAGUAGUGAAGAGGGGAG